AUGGGUGAGGCUGAGGCUGAGUAUUGGCAGAGAGCUGUUGCUGUGGGGGAGUGUUGGCAGAGAGUUGUUGCUGUGCCGAGGUGUUGGCAGAGAGCUGGCGUUGAAGAGGAGUAUUGGCAGAAAGUUGUUGCUGUGGAAGAGAGUUGGCAGAGAGCUGGCGUUGUGGGGGAGUGUUGGCAGAGAGUUGUUGCUGUGCCGAAGUGUUGGCAGAUAGCUGGCGCUGAAGAUGGGUGUUGGCAGAGAGCUGGCGUUGAAGAUGAGUGUUGGCCGAGAGCUGGCGUUGUGUCUGGGUGUUGGCAGAGAGCUGGCGUUGUGGGGGAGUGUUGGCAGAGAGUUGUUGCUGUGCCGAGGUGUUGGCAGAGAGCUGGCGUUGAAGAUGAGUGUUAG